ACCAUGAUUAUCAACGGCUCCAAGUUUGCCUGUGGGACCUGCAUAAAGGGUCAUCGCUCUUCUCACUGCAGCCAUACUGAUCGCCCUCUUUUUAAAAUCCGAAAGAAAGGCCGGCCCGUGAGCCAAUGUACCUAUUGUAGAGAUCUCAGAAGGACUAAACAGAUACACGUCAAAUGCGUUUGCAGCGAAAGA